AGGGGAAAUGUCCCAAAUCCACCAAUUUGGGUUUGGAUUUUUUGGGGGUUUCCUUCCCCGCCCCCACCGGACCCAAAAGUCCCAUAAUUGGCCCCAAAAUGCGCCCCGGGCGCCGGGAGCGACGAUGGCUGGAAGGAAUAGAAAGAAGCCGAAAAGAGCCGGAUGGAGCCAAAUUCCGCCUUUUCUGCCCCCAAAAAGCUUUCCCCCAUUUUCCCUUUUUGUCCUCCUUUUCCCCCAUUUUCCCUUAUUUUCUCCAUUUUUCAUUUUUCCCAUUUUCCUCAUAUUUCCAUUUAUCCUAAAUUUCCCAGUUUUCCCCCCAAUUUUCCCACUUUUUUCCUUUUAUUUUCCAAAUUUUCCCAUUUUUCCAAACUUUUCUGAAUUUUUCCUUCCCCCCCCCAAAUUUUCCCAUUUUUUCCCUAUUCCCCCUUUUUUUCCCUUUCUUUUCCCCUAUUUUCUCCUUUUUUUCCUCUGAUUUUCCCCAGCUUUUAUUUUUCCCCAUUUUUCACACACAUUUCCCAUUUUUCUGCCCAGAUUUCCCACUUUUUUCCUUUUUUCUCCAAAUUUUCCCGUUUUUCCAAUUUUUCCCCAUUUUAUCCUUUUUUCCCCUGAAUUUUCCCCACUUUUUUCCAUUUUUCCCCAAAUUUACUCACUUUUUCCUUAUUUCCUCCUUUUUGCCCUUCCCUUUCCCCCAUUUUUCAUUUUUCUCCCAUUUUUCAAUUUCCUCAGUUUUCAUUUUUCCCCAUUUUCCACCCAAUUUUCCCAAUUUUCCCUCAAAGUUCCCAAAUUUCCCAAUUUUUCCAUUUUUCCCCACUCUCCCAUUUUUCCCAAAUCUUCCAAAUUUUUCCCUUUUUCCUCCAAAUUUUCCCAGUUUUUACGUAUUCCUCCCUUUUUUUCACUCCUUUCCCCCAUUUUCCCCUAUUUUCUCCCAUUUUUCAAUUUUUCCAUUUUUCAUUUUUCCCCAUUUUUCACCCAAAUUUCCCAGUUUUUCCCUCAAAGUUCCCAAAUUUCCCAAAUUUCCCAUUUUUUCCCUUUUCCCUCAAAUUUUCCAUUUUUUCCUAAUUUUCCCCAUUUUCUCCAUUUCUUUCCCUUUCUGCUCGAAGCUUUUUCCUAUUUCCCCACUUUUUUCUCCUCCUUUUCCCCUCCUUUUCUCCCAUCUUUCCCCCAUCUUUCUCCAAUUUUUCCCUGAUUUUUCCCCAAAUUUUGUCGUUAUUUUCCCCCAUUUUCCCCAAUGUUCCCAUUAUUCCCCCGUUAUCCCCCCGUUGUUCCCCCCACCCCCCGCACUUUGGUCGUUCCGCACUCGCGCUCGCUUCGGUUCCGCCCCCCGGCGCUCCGUGCGGACCCUCCCCGCCUCCCAGCUCAAAUCCACACCGUGCGGAGCGGAGCGGUGCAGAAAUGACGGCGGGACCCGCGGAGGUCCCAGAUGCACUGCAGGAAGUGACGGUCAUUUCCACCCCCACCCCCACCGCUCUCCACCCUCCCUCGGGGCACCGCAGCCACCCACAGCUUCCCCCCACAGGGCCACAGGAGCGCAGUGGGGAGCCGUGGGUGCCCGACAUGCUCAGCUCGGAGGAUGAGGAGCCCACACGGCCGCUGCUGUGGGUUUGGGUCCGGAGGAGGAGGAGGUGGAGGAGCUUUCCCAACACGGAGAUGUCCUCUGGGUCCUCCUGCUCAGACGCCGAUGAUGGAUGGACAACCACAACAACAGAGGGUGCAUCCAUGGAGGAUGAUGGUGAUGAUGGUGACGAGGAAGAUGAGGACGAAGAUGGGACCAAAAUCAAGCCCCGCAGCAUUGCAUCAGGACGGAGAAGAACUGGCACCUCCUGCACCCAGCGUGGGAAAAGCUUCCACCAUGCUGCGUCGCUCCGACGGCACCGCCGCCUGCACCGCCGCACGCAGCCGUCCCCAUGCACCCGCUGUGGCCGCGUGCUGAUGUGCAGCUCCGCCCUGGAGGACCACCAGAAGAAGCACUGCCGACCCCAGGCCCGGCACCGCUACUUUCCCUGCGCUGACUGCGGCAAGCAGCUCUCCUCCAAUGCCGCGCUCAUCACCCACCGCCGCAUCCACACCGGGGAGCGGCCCUAUGGCUGCCCUGACUGCGGGAAGCGCUUCAUGGCCAGUAAGUCACUAGGCAAGCACCGCAAGAGCCACUCGGAGGACGGCUUCUUUACCUGCCCUGACUGUGGCAAGAAGCUGACGUCCAAAGCCACGCUGCUCACCCACCGCCGCAUCCACAGCGGGGAGCGGCCCUAUGGCUGCCCCGACUGCGGGAAGCGCUUCAUGGCCAACAAAUCGCUCAGCAAGCACCGCAAGAGCCACAUGCUGCCAGGCAGCAAUGCCAGCAGUGCUGCAAACACAGCCUACGUGGCACAGCUCCACAUGCACCACAAUCAUGCACCAGAACUAAAUGCUAAAUACAGGCAGAGCUCAGCCCUCAGUGCAACACCUGCACAGCAGCACCGGCAGCACAAGGAUGUGAUGCCCCAUCACUGCCUGCAGUGUGGAGCUGCAUUCCGGCUGCAUUCGGCACUGCUGCUUCACCAGAAAAGCCACAUGGUGCCGCGGCCGCAUGCCUGCAGCGACUGUGGGAAGGCAUUCCGUGAAGCCGCCACGCUGCGCCGGCACCGCCGCAUCCACACUGGGGAGAAGCCGUACAGCUGCCAAUACUGUGGGAAGAGCUUCCGCGCCAGCUCCACGCUCAUCAUCCACCAGCGCAUCCACACCGGCGAGAAGCCGUACCCGUGUGGCAGCUGCACCAAGCGUUUUGUCUCCAGUUCGUCACUCAUGAAGCACCGCCGCACGCACCAGCGCCAAGCACCAUGAUGGGGUUGGUUGGUUCCCCCUCACCACGGGGCUCUGAGGGGCUCACAGCCCCCUCCCACAGAGCUCUGCCGUGUCCUGUUGCUGGCCCACAAUUUUAUGGCUUUCCCAACCAAGCCCAAUGAGGAUUUGUCUUUUCUUGGGGGGUGGACUCCACUGGGUGGAGGGCGAUGGGGAUUGGGGUGAUGGGACUCCAUUGGGAUGGAGGGAUUGCACUGGGUAGGGGAUGAUGGAGUCUAGGGUGGUGGGACCCCAUUGGGUUGGGGAAUGAUGGUAUUUGGGGUGGUGGGAUUCCAUUGGGAUGGAGGAUGAUGAAAUUUGGGAUGGCAGAAUUCCACUGAGCCCACUGAGUCCACUAAGUGGACUAUGAUGGGAUUUGGGUCAGUGGGAUCCACUGCAAUGGAGGUUGAUUGGGUUUAGGAUGAUGCUCAUGAAGCACCCCCGCAUGCACCAACACCAGGAGCCCUGAUGAGCUCACAGCCCUCUCCCCACAGAGUUCUGCUGUGUCCCCAUUGCUGGCCCACAGUUUUAUGGCUUUCCCAACAAAAUCCAAUGAGGAUUGGUCUUUUCUUAGGGGGUUCAACUCCAUUGGCUGGAGGGCGAUGGGGAUUGGGGUGAUGGGACACCAUUGGGAUGGUGGGGUUCUGUGGGAUGGAAGAUGAUGGAGAUUGGGAUUGUGGGACUCUGUUGGGAUGGUGGGGUUCUAGUGGGUGGGGAUUGAUGAGAUUUGGGAUGGUGGGACCCCAUUGGGUGGGGUAUGAUGGGGUUUGGGGUGGUGAGACCCUGUUGUGGUGCAGGAUGAUGGGUUACCACCAACAUUUAGGGUGGUGGUAUUCAACUGGAAUGGAUGUCAAUGGGGUUUGGGAUGAUAGGACCCCACUGUGGUGGAGGAUGAUUGUGUUUGGGGUGGUGGGACCCCAUUGGGUCGAGGGGAAUGAGGUUUGUGAUGGUGUAAUUCCAUUGGGAUGGAGGAUGAUGGGGAUUGGGAUGGUGGAAUUCCUUUGGGGGGGGACAGUGGAGUUUGGUGGGCUUUGAGGUUGAUGGGGUCUGAGCACAGUGGGAAAGAGAGGGAGAAGUGAGGUGGCGUGGCUGAGCGGUCUAAGGCACUGGAUUAAGGCUCCAGUCCCAGCACAGGCAUGGGUUUGAAUUCCACAAAGUAUCUUUUGGUGGGUCGCCAGUGGGAGCACAGCUGGAAGGGGGGAACUUCUGCAUCUGGGGUGCCUCCAUCCCAGGGGACAGACCUCCUCAUUUCAGUCCCCCCUAUUACAGCUCUCCUUAAUCAGAGGAAUAAUUCCAUUUUCCAUGCACUGAGUGCACAUAGUGAUUGCCCACCUUCCACAAAAACACUUCCUGGUUCCCAGAGCCCUCCACCAUGGGAAGAGGGAAUGUGGGGGUGUCACAGGGCAAACAUUAAUUUCUGCAUUAAUGGUCAGUUACUUAAAAAAAUCCCUACUGAACAAAGAAACCGUCACACUUUGGGCAUAGCUCAGAACAAACUCACCUCUGCCAACUGCUCCAAGCCAUAAUCCUGCACCCUCAGAAAAUGCUCUGGCAGCUUUACUGGUCCCCGUAACCCAUGGGAAGUUGAAGAAACUGGGAGAAGUGUUCAUGCAGUGCAGCUCAUGGCUUUCUCAUGUCCUAUGGGUCCACGUUCCUGGUAGAUGCAGAGCCCCAUCAAGCCCCAGUGGAAAGUCAGCUAUGGAUUCCACAACCGUUUUGCCCCAUUGCCCACUGCCCCACAUUGGAGUGACCCCAUUACCUCCUCCCCUGGUGGCUGUAACCCUCUGGGCCCCUCCCAUUGAAUCACAGAAUCACUGUGGGGCCUGGGUUGAAAAGCACCUCAAAGAUGACAUCGUUCCAAUCCCCUGCUAUGUGCAGGGUCACAACCACCAGUCCAGGCUGCCCAGAGCCACAUCCUAUGGCCUGAAACACCUCCAAGGAUGGGGUAUCCACAGCCUCCCUGGGCAACUAGAGAGGUCACCACCCUCGGAGUGAGGCCACAAGAACUCAUUGUCAUGUCACAGUAAGAAAGUGGGACGGAUGUGGGUAAAGAUGCAAAGCAGACGCUUUGGUUGCACACAACACCAGCAGAGGCCCAUUUGGGUACCUCCCCUUAAAGGUUAGAAGUGCACAGCGGGGAACACACCGAGCCUUUGUGAGGAUGACUGCCGGCCUUCAUCCAACAGCCACCAGAUGGGGCACAGAGACCCUCCCACGUUUUAAUACAGAUAACAUGCAACCAGUGUCUCAGAAAUGCACUAUGUACACACUGUGCCUACAGUCCUGUAGCCAUCGCUCCCCUCGUGCUGCUCUUUGGGUGCAGCGAUACCCUGAGCUCCCAAUGCUCCCAGUGAUAAAGCAAUUCCUGCUUGACAUAACCCACUGCCAUCCCACGUUACUGGGUCAGACUUCCCAGCCUUCGCUUGUCCAACUGAGGGGCAGAUGAUCACCCCCUGUCUGCACACCUCCCUGCACUAUCUGCAGCACUGAGACCUUAAGAUGCACAGCGCAACAUUUGUGCUCUGUGGGCCCCACUUUGCAGGCAUGGAGGAUAUCAGCUCUCCUCCUUUCACCCACCUUCAUCAGAGCCACUGUGCUGCUGGGGGAGGCAGAUGGGAUGGCUGCAUCGCUCCCCCUCAGCUUCAUAGAGUUGCUUUGCUGCAGGUUUUGGCUGCGAAUUGGACCCUCUAAGAACAAUCCCUCAUUGUGAGACUCCACUGCAAAGCUGAUAGGCUCGAGCUCUCUUCUCUUACAGCUUCUGCCCUCAUAUUCACCACGAGCUUUUUCCACAUAUUCUUUCCAAAUCCUCUUCCCCAUCUUCUCCAUCUCCAUCUCCUUCCUCUCUCACCUUUCCCCAACUCCUUCUCCCCUUCCCUUCUCCCACAGACGCUCUUCCUAUUGGGCUGCAACCACCCCAGUUUCACCCUCCCCUGGAGGAGCCUCCUUGUUUAUCUUGUGGCUCUGCAACUCCUCCAUCUGGAAUCAGGUAGGGGUCCUGUGUGGCUGCUGUGCCUGGCAGAGGUGUUUCUGU